GUGUACCUGGCUACCGAUCUGGCCAAGGGUGACCAGGUGGCCGCCAAAAAGAUCAAGAUGGACAAUGAAAAGGAGGGGUUUCCCAUCACUGCCAUCCGCGAGAUGGAGUCAGUGGAAAAGGGGGGCGAGCCCACGUUCCUGCGUAACAACAUCAUCGGGCUGCGCGAGAUUGUGCGCAGCGGCAGCCACCGCGGCUCCAUCUACAUGGUGUUCGACUACAUGGACCAUGACAUGACGGGCCUGCUGGAGCGCAGCCGGAAGGAGGGACCGCAAUUCACUGCCCCGCAGAUCAAGUGCUAUCUGAAGCAGCUCUUCUGUGGGCUGUGGCUGCUCGACCAGCGAAGCGUGCUGCACCGCGAUCUCAAGAAUGCUAACCUGCUGGUGAACAACAAGGGCGAGCUGAAGAUUGCAGACUUUGGGCUGGCGCGGUACUACAACAAGCCGGACGACAGAAAUGAGGGGACUGAGCAGGUGGACUCGCGCAUGACCAACCGCGUCAUCACGCUGUGGUACAGGCCGCCCGAGCUGUUCCUGGGCGCGGAGCGGUACGGCACAGAGAUCGACACCUGGAGCGCGGGGUGCAUCAUGUUUGAGCUGCUCACCGGCAAGCCGCUCUUCCCAGGCACAAACGAGACGGACCAGGUGGAGAGGAUCUUUAGCAUCAUGGGGCAGCCCAACGAGCAGACCAUGCCCGGCUGCACUGCCUAUGCCAACUACGAGCGACUGUCGGUCAGCCGGUUCCCGCUGCGCUCCCGCCUGCGGCAGGCAAGCGCCCACCCUCGUGCCCUUGACCUGCUGGAGCAGUUGCUGGCGCUCAACCCCGCAGCCCGCAUUAAGGCCGAACAUGCAGUCACGCACCAGUAUUUCUUCAGCGACCCCAUGCCCUGCAAGCCCAGCCAGAUGCCGACGUUCCCAUCCUCGCACGAA